AUGACACGUCUAGCAGCUGAAUUUGAAAUGAAAGAUCUCGGUCCGUUAAGUCAUUUUCUGGGAAUCAAUGUUUCUCAGCAACAAAACACCAUGUUUUUAUCUCAAAAAUCCUAUGCAACGGAUAUCAUUGAACGAGCAGGAAUGCACUCUUGCAAGCCAGUCGCCACUCCUGUAGACACUAAGGCCAAGCUGAGUGCCACCUCCAGUCCUAUUUUUAACAACCCUACCUUAUAUCGCAGCCUUGCUGGCGCUCUCCAGUAUCUUACAUUUACACGAUCCGAUAUAAGCUAUGUUGUUCAACAGGUUUGCAUGCACAUGCACGCUCCUCGGAUAGAUCAUUGGAAUGCAUUAAAACGUGUUAUUCGCUACCUUCAAGGCACGGUUUCGCUUGGAUUAACUCUUGGUCCUUUCGCGGAUUUAUCACUACGUGCAUACACUGAUGCUGAUUGGGUUAGGUGCCCUGACACUGGGCGAUCCACUUCGGCUACUGUGUAUAUUUGGGUUCAAAUUUGUUAUCCUGGUCGUCUAAACGGCAAGCUGUUGUCUCUCGAUCCAGUGCGGAGGCCAAGUAUAGAGGAGUGGCAAAUGUCGUUGCAGAAUUGUGUUGGCUUCGUAACCUUUUGCUUGAAUUACAUCGCCCUUUACCGAAAGCCAGCUUGGUCUAUUGUGAUAAUAUCAUUGCCGUAUAUCUCUCGGGUAAUCCAGUUCAGCAACGGGGUACUAUUCGCGUCCUUCAUGUUCCUUCAUGUUAUCAGAUUGCGGAUAUCUUCACCAAGGGCCUUUCCCGGGUUCUAUUUGAUGAUUUCAGAUCCAGUCUUAGCAUACGGCCACCCCUAG